AUGUCUCCAUUCAGAAGGAAAAGGAUUAAGUUUAGGGGAUAUCUCACGAAGAAUGACAAUGAAUUAGUUUACGUUAAGUUCAGGUUCUUAUGGUAUUCCGUAUCAAGAGUUUAUGACUUCACCCAUGAUUUCGACGAUCACUUUAUGGCCAAAGAGUUGUUAUUAUCCCCAAAAUCAAGAGAAAACCCCGAACCCGAACCCAGUCUUCCACUCCCGUCUACCCCAACGCCCCCACCAAUGGACGAGAGCGUGACGAGCACUACACCCGAAUCUCCACUGUCGCCCCUCUCCCCCAACGAGCCCUCCCCACCAGCACUGGUCAAAGCGCCUCCACUUAGAUCUAAGUCAUUGCCGUUGACAACCAGCCGGAGCGGCCCACUCGCCAAAUGGGGUGAUCGUCACGACGUGAACCAACUGUCUGUUCGGCGACUGAUAGAGUCGAUAGAGACGGGCACCACUCGACAAAAGCCCAGUCCCUCCCGUUCCCUCUCCAACACGAGUAUUAAUCGACUGAUCAACUCAUCGCUGCCACUGAUGACUGAGUUUAUCAUUAAACGACAGAACAAAUCGUCGCGUUUUAUGCUAUCAAUCAGUUGUGACGUGAAGGACGAGAACAACAAAGUGUGUUCAGUGAACCCCUCUGUCCUCUCGCCUCCCAACACCCCCUCUAUUAAUAAACACAAACCCAUAGACAACAUAUUGAAAGAGAAGACCGACUCAUACAAUACGAAUACCAAUGGUGAUAUAAAUAGCGACAAAAAGGCGGACCCCUUGUCGACUCUGGUCCGCGGCGGGGGAUCCAAACGGAACGCACUCUUAAAAUGGUGUCAAAACAAGACAAUCGGCUACAAAGACAUCGAUAUAACGAAUUUCAGUUCGUCAUGGAAUGACGGCUUAGCCUUCUGUGCGAUACUUCACACAUACCUUUCCGACCAAAUACCAUACGAUAGACUGGAGCCCACAGAUAAGAAGCGAAACUUCUCGAUCGCCUUCAAAGCCGCCGAAUCCGUAGGCAUUCCUACGACUCUGAAUAUUCACGACUUGAUAGCAGAGGAGAGGCCGGACUGGCAUUUAAUACUGGAAUACGUGACAAACAUUUAUAAACACUUUGAGACCUGAGUUAUCACUUACUUUUUUAUUUUUAUAUACUUUUCCUCACU